CGCGGUGCAUUGUGGGCCCAGGCGGCUCGGGACCUCCGCCAUGAACCCGGAGCUGCGUAAGGAGCGGGAAUCGGCGAGUUUCCUCACAGAGGGCCUGACACACAUUCUCGAUGGAGGCGCCGAGAAAACCCGACGCCGGAGGGAGAUCGAAGCUCUCGUGCUCAAUGAUCCUGAGCUGCAACACGAAGACCUGAACUUUCUGUCUCGCAGUGAAAGAUACGAUGUGGCGGUAAAGAAGAGUGCUCUGAUGGUGAGGAAGAUCAGGGAGCAUGCCAUCUCGAAUCCAGAGGAAAUCAUAUGGUUUAAGAGCUAUGUACAUCGUGGACGACCAGAACCCCUAGAUCUCCACUUGGGCAUGUUCCUGCCCACCAUUCUCAACCAGGCUACUCCUGAACAACAAGAUCGCUUCUUCAUGCCAGCUUGGAACCUGCAGAUCAUUGGCACCUAUGCCCAAACUGAGAUGGGCCAUGGAUCGUUCAUCCGAGGCUUGGAGACAACAGCAACCUAUGACCCAUCAACUCAAGAGUUUGUGCUGAACAGCCCAACUGUGACCUCAAUCAAAUGGUGGCCUGGAGGAUUGGGGAAGACCUCAAACCAUGCUAUUGUCCUUGCUCAGCUGUAUACCCAGGGUCAAUGCAAAGGGCUGCAUGCUUUCAUUGUACCAAUUCGCAGGAUGGGCACACAUGAACCUUUGCCUGGUAUAGUGGUAGGUGAUAUUGGACCGAAGUUUGGGUAUGACGAGGUUGAUAAUGGUUACCUGAAGCUGGAAAAUGUUCGUGUACCACGUGAAAACAUGCUGAUGCGAUAUGCAAAGGUGAUGCCAGAUGGGACGUACAUGAAGCCACCCAGUGACAAGCUGACCUACGGCACGAUGGUCUUUAUACGCUCAAUGAUUGUAGGAGACUCUGCACGUGCAUUAUCUCAAGCAUGUACAAUCGCUAUCCGCUACAGUGCAGUCCGACACCAGUCAGAGCUGAAACCUGGUGAUCCUGAACCCCAGAUACUGGAUUACCAGACUCAACAGUACAAGCUGUUUCCACUGCUGGUGACAGCCUAUGCCUUCCGGUUUGUUGGAAACUUCAUGAGGGAAACAUACCAUCGUAUUACCGGGGACAUGAAUGAUGGAGACUACAGCCAGUUACCUGAGCUCCAUGCUCUCUCUGCUGGCUUGAAAGCCUUCACCAGCUGGGUGGCCAGUGCUGGCAUUGAGGAGUGUCGAAUGGCUUGUGGUGGUCAUGGGUAUUCACGUUCCAGUGGUCUUCCAGACAUUUACGUCACAUUCUCACCCAGCUGCACAUAUGAGGGAGAGAACACAGUCAUGAUGUUGCAGACAGCAAGGUACCUAUUCAAGAGUUAUACCCAGGCAAAGUCUGGUCAGAAGCUAGUGGGCACUGUCUCGUACCUGAAUGACCUGUGCAGCCACAUCCAGCCCCAGCAGGUGGCCAGUCAACCAAUGGUGGUAGACAUCAAUGACAUCAGCAGCUUAGUGGAAGCAUACCAGCUGCGAGCUGCUAACCUGGUUGAGGCAGCUGCACGGAAUUAUCGCAUGGAACUGGGACGCAGGAAAAACAAAGAGGAAGCCUGGAACAGCACGUCUAUUGAUCUAGUCAGGGCAUCGGGGGCUCACUGCCAUUACGUGGUGGUGAAGCUGUUUGCAGCCAAACUGUCUGAGAUCACAGACACUGCAAUCCACGAUGUCCUUAGCACUCUGUGCCUGAUGUAUGCGCUGUAUGGAAUUAGCAAGAACUCUGGAGAUUUCCUGCAUGCUGGGAUCCUGAAUGACUUUCAGAUUUCCCAUGUUCACCAGCGGGUGAAGGAGCUGCUCGCUGUGAUCCGACCCAAUGCCGUCGCUCUCGUCGAUGCCUUUGAUUACCCCGAUGCAGUUCUUGCAUCAGUGCUCGGGCGUUAUGAUGGGAAUGUUUAUGAACAUAUGUUUGAAUGGGCGAAGAGGUCACCUCUAAAUAAAACCGAGGUUCACCAGUCAUUCUACAAAUAUCUGAAACCUCUGCAAUCCAAGCUGUGAGGCUGUAACUGUUCUUUGUCUAAGAAAUUGAAUCCAGCUCCAAGCAAAUUCUCAAAGUUUUCUAAUCAGCCUGUUCAGGGAUGGUAUGACACACAUCUCUGGGGCACUUGAACUUGGGGCGUCCGGGCUCCAAAUCAAAUUCUAAACCUUUAAUUUUGAUUCUUGGUAUCUCUGACCUCUCAGUCUCGUUUCCUGAAUGGCAGAAGUAGCUCUUUUUAACAGUUGCCAAGCGAAUUCUUUUUCCUGCCCCCUCCCUCAUACCGUGUACUAUUACAGUUGUAUCAUCAGACUUUGGAACUGGGGUUGAAAAUGUGUAAUCUGCAGGUUUUGUGUCCACUAUUCCCUGCUGAGCAUGGCAGCACCUCUGUGGAGCUUUCCGCAGUGCACAGGCCGUGAUGCAGCAGCAAAUGAGAGGAAUCACCUUCAGUUUCUGCUCCUGAUAAAAACUACCACAGUAUUUGCAGGCUGUGCCCAGUGUCAGAGUAAUUAGUGAUUCAGAGGUAUAAAGACCAACACCAGUGUUCAAAGCAAAACCUCUGAGACUGGGAUUGGGUGGGAGGGAGGUCAGAAAUGAGUAUGCUGUUGAGCACUAGGCGGCUUUUUAGAGGAAGGGCAUAAUCCGGAAUUCAGGUUUGGGGUCUGUAUUGUUUUAGCCAGACUGAACGACCGUUCCUCUACAAAUAUGAGGGAUUUUGCAAUAAUUCUAACUGUUGUGGUUCUGUUCGCCGAGCUGGGAAUUUGUGUUGCAGACGUUUCGUCCCCUGUCUAGGUGACAUCCUCAG